UAUGAAUACAAACAACUGCGAUCUGCUUGAUAUUUCAUCCCUGGGUGAUUCCCUUACUUCAAACCCGAGUAGUACUUUAUACAUUAAACCUCAAUGCGUUUCGUUGUUCAAUAUUUCUGCGUCGACGAAUUGUUUGUCUGGUUUGUCGACUAAUAAUUUCCUGAAAUCUCUAGGAGAUGGUCUUCAAGAUUGCCAAAGUAACCCUCCAAAGUUAUCUAUUGGCUCAAUAAUUACAUUCAGAGCUACUGUUAAAAUGUUACCACAAACAACUAUAUAUGUAACUAUCCACAAGGUUGAUAAAGCGAACAAAUGCGAUGAUAUUAUGGUCGUCAACGAUCCAAACGACAAACUAAAAAUGUGCGACCUAAUAGAAGAUGAAGAUAACUUAUGUAAAUUCUCCUGUUCGGGAAAGAACUGGAGAAUGAUUAAAAUAACAAACUAUUCACUGAAUAUUCAAAUUUGCGAGAUUCAACUAUCAUCGUCAAGCAGACUUGCAAACGUUUGCGCUUGA